AUGCUCCUCCGUCCCUGUCCACGUCCCUCUGCCCCACCCCGCACCCUCCUCCUAACCCUCGACGCCUUCAACACCCUCUUCCACCCCCGCCUCCCCGUCCCCAUCCAAUACGCCCAAGUCGCCCAGUCCCUCAACUUCCCCCCACCACAGCAGCUCACCAGCAACAGUAAGAACCUAUCCACAGAGGCCCUCGCAGAGAAGAUCUCAGUGGCCUUCCGCGCGGCGUUUAAACGGGAGAGUGCUGCGAGGCCGAACUAUGGACGGAAUGUGGUGGGGUUUGGGGGGCCGAGGGAGUGGUGGGGGAAUGUGGUUAGGUGCUGUUUUAGGGGGGUUGUGAGGGGCCAUGCGGAUGGGGAGGGGGGUGAGGUUGAGGUUCCGGAGGAGUUGGUUAGGAGGUUACUUGUUCGGUUUGAGGGUCGGGAGGGGUAUGUGUUGUAUCCGGAUGUGGAGGGGUUUUUUGAGAGGAUGAGGAGGUGGAAGGGGUCGUUGUUGAUGGCGGAUGGCGGUAGAAGAGACGGCAUCGCCAAUGCGGAUUCUCUUUUCGAGAGAGUUGUUGUGGGUGUUAUUUCGAAUUCGGAUGAUAGGAUUGCUCGUAUCUUGAAUAGCUUGGGGGUGCGGGUUGGGGAGACGCGGGAGAAUACUACAACUGCUGCUACUGAGACCGGGCUGAGGGGGAAAAUACCGACUGAUAUCGACUUUAUCGUCACCAGCUAUGAAGCUGACGCGGAGAAACCCCACCGGAAGAUCUUCGAUUUGGCUAAAGAAAGAGCUAAAGAAUGUCUUGACGGUGGUGAUGGCGGCUUGUCUCCGUCGGCGGAUCCAGAGUGGAUCUGCGUACAUGUCGGAGAUCAUUAUGAGAAGGACUACGAGGGGGCAAUUAAUGCUGGCUGGGAUAGUUUCUUACUCCCCAGAGACGGGGAGGGACCAUGCAUUUCUGAUUAUCGCCUUGACUCUACUUCUCCUGUAAAGCAUAUACAGGCACUAACUGACCUAUUUCCCCGGCUGGGGAUUGAUGAGAGAUUAUUUCCGGUCGACGAAUGA